UCUUGAGCGGUGAAUUAAGUCUGGAGAUUAAUCAGAUGGGAAGAGAAAAUGGAGGGAGCAAGGGUCAGGUUCUCUCGGUCAGGUUCUUUCUCUCCUGUGCACCUCUUUGACCUCUGAACCCAUUGUGGGCGCGUGAGAUUUCUGAGAACAGCCUCGUGCUCUGCCAGGUCCGUGUACUUCCCUCUGGGAACCCGGUCUCGCUAAUUGAACGCUGAUGAACGGGUUCAUCUUUCCCAGGGGUCGUGGGAUCAGAAGGACCAAAGAAGACAUGGGGGUGUCGGAAUGAUCAGGGCGGGUCAACAACCUUUUUUACCAGCCCGCAAUUCCGAAUACAAUCGAGCACACAAAGACCCCAUGGAGAGAAUACGACCCGGCACUGAUAACAGCCACAAUGGACUGUGAUCGGUCUGUACCCGGCUCUGUCGACAACCCCUUGAAGUUCCGGAACCAGGACUACGAAUCUCUUCGCAGAGGUUGUUUGGAGUCGAAGUCACUCUUCUCCGACCCGGAGUUCUUGGCGGACAAUAGUAGUAUUGGUAUGCCAGCUGACCCGGACCCAAGCAAAGCCGUGAAGUGGCUGCGGCCCAAGGAGAUCAGUCCCAGCGCCGUGUUCAUCGAGGGCACCACGGGCACCACCGACAUCUGCCAGGGCCAGCUGGGAGACUGCUGGCUCCUGGCUGCGCUGUCCUGCCUUACCUUGCACCCCACUCUGUUCGCCAAGGUGGUACCAACCGAUCAGAGCCUGAGUGAACCCUAUGCUGGAAUCUACCACUUCAGGUUCUGGCAGUAUGGCGAGUGGAUCGAGGUGGUGGUGGACGACAGGCUGCCCGUGCGGAGCGGCCGGCUGCUCUUCAGCUACUCUCGAACCCAGAAUGAGUUCUGGAGCGCCCUGGUGGAGAAAGCCUAUGCUAAGCUGAUUGGGUCUUACUCCAGUCUGAAGGGGGGAAAUAUUUCGGAGGGGAUGGAGGACUUCAUGGGGGGCAUUGCCAACUCCCUGCCUGUCUCAUCCCGCACCCCCAGGGUACUCUGGAGAGCUAUCUCUGCUGCCCUGUCCCGGGGCACUCUGAUCAGCUGCUUCAUACAGGCUCCAAGCUGGCGGGAGAUUGGGAAGGUGAAUUCGCAGGGGCUGGUGAUGGGCCAUGCCUAUGCCAUCACUAACUCAAACAAGGUGCAGCAGGAGUCGGGGGAGGUGUCGCUGAUCAGACUGAGGAACCCCUGGGGAUUUGUGGAGUACUGUGGACCCUGGAGUGACAAGUGUAAGGACUGGGAGAAAGUGGACAGUGCUGAAAAGAAAAGGAUUGAGCUGAUUGAGGCUGAAGAUGGAGAAUUCUGGAUAAACGUGGAGGACUUCAGCACUCUGUUUGACACGGUGGAGCUGUGUAGCGUGAAUCCAGACUCUCUUGUGGAAGGUCAGGAUGUACCGUCUUCUGCCUGGACCAUCAGCUCGCACCAUGGCUCCUGGGUCCCAGGGUGCUCCGCUGGAGGGAGCCGCCGAUACCGCCGCUCAUUCUGGAAGAACCCACAGUUCCGCCUCAUCCUCUCUGAGAGGGAUGAGGAUGUAGACGAUGACGACGACGAUGACGAGGACGAGAUCGGUGAUGAUGACGACGUAGAGGAGGAGGAGGAGGCUGGGGCGGGGGCGGGGGCGGGGGCGAAGGCCCCCGGGAAGCAGGUGAAUCUGAAGCAGGAGCAGAGGAGGACGCAGUGCACCGUGCUGGUGGAGGUCCUGCAGAAACACCGGAGAAAGAGGGACAGGGUCCACUUCCUCUACAUCGGCUUCCACAUCUACCGGGUUCCUCCUGAGCUCCAGGAUAACCCCGCCCCCCUGGGUCAGAGCUUCUUCUCCACCAAUCGGCCGGUGGCGCGCUCAGGGAAGUACCAGGCCGUGCGCGGGGUCCGCAGGAAGGUUCACCUGGACCCCGGGCACUACGUCAUCGUGGCGUCCAGCUUCCGACCCAAUCAGCAGGGAGACUUCUACCUGCGCAUAUUUACCAAGACCGGGAACCACCUGGGGGGUCAGGAGUUUACCUGCUCCUCAAACCUGCUGAUGGCAGUGGAGUCAAAGCCGGUCAUGCAAAAGGAUCGCAGCAAAUUACAGAAGCUGUUUGACCAAGAGGCUGGAGCGGACAACAGACUUGAUGCAGUGGAGUUUAUGAAGCUGGUGAACUCAGUCUUUGAUAAGGAUUACCAGCUGCCCCUGGACACCUGCAGACAGCUCAUCCUGACAGAAGACACCGCAGGCAGGAGCAGACUGACACUGCUGCAGACUGAGAAGCUGGUGUCCAUGCUGCGCAGUCUGCAGUCCAUCUUCCUCCAGUUUGAUGAAGAUUCAUCUGGGACUAUGAGCCCCUUUGAGCUCAGUCUGGCCCUAGAAGCUGCUGGGCUGAAGUGCGAUGGUGAGGUCAUGCAGGUGCUGUGGGAGAGAGCUGGCGCGGGCGAGCUCCACCUGCCCUUUCAUCGCUUCGUCUCUUGCGUGGCCAGACUGCGCGUGCUUUUCGCUCUGUAUGAGUCAGAGAGCAGCACUGAGGUGAAGGAACGUGGCAUCCACGCAUGGCUGCUCAAGUUUUUGGUGGUGUGAGUUCAGAGUGGAACGGUCAGCACGGUCACGCUCUCCGAGUCACGGAACAGCUCUCAGCCUUCAACCACCUACGGUCACCAUCAGUACCACAGCUGCUGACCACGGUCAACCUCAGCACAGUCUGCCUGAUCACUACCGCGAGGCCUGGUAUACUCCCACUGCUACAUCCUAUUAAAGCAAAUAACCAGCUGUGAUGAACAUCAGGACUGCAGCUUUUCUGUGAGAUAUAAUUAAAUAGUGCCUUCUGUCACUGCUGGUUAUUCAGCUGU